AUGGACCCAACGAAAGCGUUCGAUUACAAUGGUUCAGAUUAUCACUAUCCUCCAGGAGCAGCUGGCGGAGCUGCGAAUGGGAAUGGAGCCAGUGUUUCCCCUUAUUUUGCUUACUCCCACUUCCCUGGAUCCUCAUCAACGAAUGGGGCAUCAAGUGUCGGAAUUUAUGGUACUCCACAACAAUCCAGUGCAUAUAUGUAUAAUCAAGGUCCAGGAAGUUCACCUGAAGAGGGUUUCCCGGAGCACACAACAACAAAAAUCGUGGAAGGAUGCGAAGCGAAAUAUAAUACGAAAGGAAAGAAAAUGAGGAAACCACGAACGAUUUAUAACACUCAACAGUUGGCACAGCUCCAGAAAAAGUUCGAUAAAACACAAUAUUUGGCACUUCCGGAUAGAGCUGCACUGGCUGCUGAACUGGGAUUGACACAGACUCAGGUAAAAAUCUGGUUUCAAAAUCGAAGAUCGAAGCAGAAGAAGCAAAAGACUCCUGGAACAUCAGAUCGCGCAUCGGAUGAAGACGACGACACAGAAGAGUCGAAACCUGAAAGCUCACCAAUGAGCGAUUCUAUGAUGAAUCAGGUGAGCACUGCUCCGCAACGCACACUUGGUUCAAUUAAAACCGAAUUGAAAGAGGAAUAUGGAACGGAUAACUCAUCUCCACCACAAAACCAUCCGACUCCAAAUGGUUCUAUGAUGCCUGAUUGGCCAAGUCUUCCACAUCUUCCAUCAGUUUCCAGUCAACAUCUUCCACCCGUCAGUACACUUCCACCAAUGCCAGGAGUUGCUCAACUCAAUGGGUAUGAAAUUAAAUAUGAUGCUGAUAAACAGCCACAACCACACCUUUUGAAUCAAUAUGAUAUGUCUUAUAAUUAUUUCUAUGCUCCUUCAUAUCCUACAUAUCAGUAG